UUAUUUAAAAUGACAUGAACUGUACAUACGAAAUAUAUGUGUGUGUGUGUGUGUGUGUGUAUGAAGGUGUAGAGAAGCCUUUUGUCAGGUUUUAUGAAGUUUUUUAUUUUAUUUUGCAUGUUCAGAAAUUCAGUUUUUCUUUUCGUUGCCUCAGGGCAACGUUGUGCGAUAAGGGGUACUUUUCAAGGAUGUCUUUGCUGACAAUGUGUUUGGACAUUAUCACAUAUUAUCACAUGUAUUAGUGCACAAUAUAAGCUCUAAAUAUAGUUGUAUUUUUUAUUUAAUUUGACUUCUUUUAACACAUUUUGACAGAAAAAUGGACAAGAUUGUCCUAUGGAAGAAAAGAGCAGGAUCCGCAUCUGACAGUGAGAUAGACAGCAGUGACAGUGAGGUGGAGUGGAAUGGAGAAAAAGAUACCAUAUGCCAAGAUGAAGACACAGAUGAAGAUGACAGUCUGUCUGAAGAUAACAGUAGUUUUUCCAAGACCCCUCGAUGGAAAACAUGUCACACCACUGCCUCUCCAGUACUCCCUGAAUGGUUACUCAUCCCUCCAUCAGCCGAUUAAUUUUUGUCUCCAUACCAAUAUUUCAAAAGUCUUCUCUCCGACGACCUCUUUGAGCUUAUUGUUAAUGAGUCAAACCUGUACAAUCCUGUACAUCCAGUGCAAUCCUGCCAAGCUGCUUAACCUUACUGUUCAAGAACUUGAACAGUUCUUUGGCACUGUGCUCCACAUGUCGUUAUUUGGUCUUCCAGCCACCUGCAUGUUUUGGAGCCAAAGUAGCCGUAUUGCACAUGUUGCUGAUGUGAUGCCUCUUGCACGAUGGGAGGCUAUCCAUAGAUUUCUCCAUUUCAGUGACAACAGUUGUCAGCCCACGAGAGAUAUGGCUGACUAUGAUGAGCUAUUCAAGAUUCGGCCUCUCCUAAAUCACAUCUUUACCAAGCUGAAACAACUUCCUAUGCGUGAGACAUUGAGUGUGGAUGAACAAAUGGUGCCAUUUAAAGGCAAGAGCAGAAUCAAGCUGUACCUACCCAGUAAACCAAGAAAAUGGGGUUACAAAAUACUGGUCCUUGCUGGAUCAGAUGGUGUUCCACACAAUUUUGAAGUUUAUACUGGGAAAGCUGUCCAUCUACCUGAGCUUCCAGAUAUAGGGGCAAGUGGGAAUGUAGUACUGCACCUGGCAGAACCAGUACUGAAGAAUAGGAAUUUCAAGUUGUUCUUUGACAACUGGUUUAGCUCAGUCCCACUGAUGCUCGUGAUGUCCCAGCAAGGCAUCCACUGUCUAGGUACGAUGCGCUCUAAUCGCUUGCCAGGAAGUUCCAUGAUGCUAGACACUGAUCUGAAAAGAUCUGUCCGUGGGUCCUUCCAGGAAAAAAUGGCCUAUGUUUGAGAUACCAAGCUGCAUGCAGUCAAAUGGUAUAACAACAGGCCAGUCACCCUCCUCAGUAGCUACGUAGGUUCUCACCCUGUAUACCAUGUCGACAGAUGGGACAAAGACCAAAAGAAAACCAUCAAGGUCCCAUGCCCUGCAGCAAUAUCCACAUGUUGGAUUCACUGAUUGCUUUAUAUCACACCAACAUCAGGUCAAAGAAAUGGUACCACCGCCUUGUCUUUUAUUUCAUAGAUAUGGCAGUGGUAACAUGUUGGCUCAUCUACAGAUGGGAUUGUGCUGACAAUGGAAUGGCAAGAAGUGACCACAUGCGCCUUUAUGCCUUCAAGUCCCUAAUUGCACACAGUCUGUGCAAAUCCAAAAAAGAUGCCAGGAAGGGAGGGCGAACCAGUGGUGGGAUUUCCCAACAGUAUGAAGAGAAGAGGAGGAAGCAAGGGUCCACGGCUCCCAUCCCUAACCAGGAUGUCCGCUUGGACAAUACCUCACACUGGCAAAUAAUGUGUGACAAGAAGGGAAGAUGCAGGGUUCCUGGGUGCACAGAAACACCCAAAGUGAUGUGCAAAAAGUGUAGCAUACACCUAUUUCACAGCAGAGAAAACUGCUUCUGAAGUUUCAAACGGAGUGAAAUCUCAUUACAUGAAGUACAUGAUAUGACACAACACACUACAUGAUACAAACCUAUGCCUGUAUCAAAUCCAAUAUAUCAAUGUGUUUCAAGUGUUUUUCCAUUUUUACUUAAUGAUUUCUAGACAUUUUUGAAAAAGAUUUGUGAUUUUGUAUUGCUCUCUGAGCAUUGUCUUGUGAUAUGUGAAUUAAUAAUUUUCUCUAUGGUUCUAUACCAUUGUUGCACAACGUUGCCCUAAGGCAAUGAAAAAAUUAAUUAAUCAAAUUGUUUUUUUGUUUUUUUUUUAUCAAUAAAAUGUUCCCAAAUGAACCAAGAAAUGAUGUGGAAUCAUUUUUAUCAUGUACCAUCAAAAUGUUUGCAGUAGAGGGUUAAAUCAAGAAAAUAAUUUACAAAUAGGGUAAGAAAAAUAACUUAAUUCAAGAUCAAUUCUCUGAAAACCAGUCUUUAUAUCUUAUGCAAUUUUGUUUCUCAAGCAAAUUUAUCUUGUUUUAAGGAUGUUUAAAUAUUUUACUUUAAAAAAUAAAAUAAAAAAAUAAAAAAAAAAGAUAAAAAUACUGAUUUAGGAAAUAUUUUUUGCAGUGCAACACUUUGGCUUUAUUUGGACCUUAAACUAAUAUUCCGGGUUUAACACAAGUUAAGCUUAAUUGACAGCAUUUGUGGCAUAAUAUUGAUUACCACAAAAAAUUAGUUUGACUCCUCCCCUCUUUUCAUUAAAAAAAGCAAAAAUCUGGGUUACAGUGAGGCACUUACAAUGGAAGUGAAUGGGGCCAAUGUUUUGAGGGUUUAAAAGCAGAAAUGUGAAGCUUAUAUAUAUAUAUAUAUAAGCACUUACAUAAAUUCUUCUGUUAAAACUUGUGUAUUAUUUGAACUGUAAAAUCAUUGUUUUACCGUCAUUUUAGGGUUUACAGAAUAACAUCUUUAUGGUAACGAAGUUGUAAAAUUGGAUAACUUUACACAGAAAAGGUUAGUAAGCGAUUUUAUCACCCUAAAAUCAUUUUAACAUGCAUAUUUCAUACGUCUUGUGGUUAUACAUUUGAAACGGUGAGUAUUUUAAUUCUUACAGAUUGGCCCAUUCACUUCUAUUGUGUGCCUUGAAUUAAUUAAUGACCAUUUUCUAUGCUUGUUUGUCCUUUUCUUGCUGUCUAUUUUUAGACAUGUCUGUGUUUUCCUUUUUGUUUCGUGUCAGCUUAAGGUUCUCUGUCUGUUUCUCUUAAGCAACUGAAG